AUGAGUCAUGACACUCACCUUCCCCUUCUUCCACUUCUCUCUUCUCUCCACCUGUUAUCUUUCCUUGCAUCUCACGACACCUCUCGCGUCCUGCAUCGCUCAUCCGCGCAGGGCCAGGGGGGCAUUAUGGCCCUCUUCUCCGCCUUCCCUUUCCCCUCCGCCGAGCUCAACAGCCCGCCCGGAUACCGCUCCUCUGCCUUCUCUCCCUCCCCCUCCCCCUCCUCCUCCUCCUCCUCCGCCAUGCCCCCCGCUUCAAGGCUCACGUACGCUCUUAUCGCGUACGAGUCCGCGUCUCUUCCGCGGCCCAAGGCGUACGCGUUACUAGCGCGCGUCCACGAGGGCUUCGUAUCGCACGCUGUCGACGCAGGUACUGCAACACCCCUCUCGCCUGCGCAGAUCCGCACUUGUCUUCCCCAUAUAACCUCCGCCGUGGCCUCUCGCCUUCAAUCCUUCCUCAAAUCGCUCGCCCAGAGCACCCGGGGCAGCCGCACAAGCCAGGAACUCUCCAUCUACCCCCUCGCCCCACACGCGUUUCGGGUGAAGGCCCCUGGGGAGGACGCGGAAGCAGAGGCGGCGAAGAAAGCGCGUGAUAAGGCAGAGGCAGCGCGCAUGGACGAGAUAAAGAAUCUUCUGGAUCAGGAGUUAGAGAUGGUGAACUGUAUUGUGCAGGAACAGGAGGCGCAGGAGCAGGCGAGGAUGUCUCUUGAGUCGAGUCAGAAGGAGGCAGAGCGUAUGGACGAGAUAAAGCGGCUUCUUGAUCAGGAGUUAGAGAUGGUUGACAGUAUUGUGCAGGAGCAGGAGGCGCAGGAGCAGGCGAGGAUGUCUUUUGAGUCGAGUCAAAAGGAGGCUGAGCGUAUGGAGGAGAUAAAGCAGCUUCUGGAUCGGGAAUUAGAAAUGGUUGACAGUAUUGUGCAGGAGCAGGAGGCGCAGGAGCAGGCGAGGAUGAAAGAGCAGGAGGCGCGAGGGAGCGUGCAGGGCGUGGGAGAUGUGCAGAGAGGUGUGCAGAGCGGUGCUGCUGGGUGGACUGACUUGGGAGCGUCAUCAGUUCCAGCAGGUUCAAGGCAGUCACCCGGGCGUUCAAUGCAAGGUUACUGGGAGCCAGUGGCAGGCCUAUCACCUCCUCCUGGUCGUAGGAUAUCACAAGCUGCUGCUGGUGGGCUAUCGCCUGCUGCUGGUGGGGUGGUGCUGUCGACUGCUGCUGCUGCUGCUGCUGCAGGCACCUCUCCCAUAGCACAGCCUGCACACGUGCGGUUUCCUGGCAGUGGGUCAAACCCUGCUGGGCUAUCACUCUAUGAUGUGGGCCGUGGGCCUGACGUCCAUGACCACAUGCUCAUGCCUGCUGCUGCUGCUGCUGCUGCUGCUGCUGCUGCUGCUGCUGCUGCUGCUGCUGCUGCUGCUGCUGCUGCUGCUGCUGCUGCUGCUGCUGCUGCUGCUGCUGCUGCUGCUGCUGCUGCUGCUGCCGGUGCCACCGGUGCUGCUGGUGCUGCUGGUGCUGCUGCUGGUGGUGCUGGUGCUGAGAAGCAGGGCUGGGAGGGGAGGCCAAUGGUGGUGCCGCGGUCUCUGACCGACCCACCACACAAAGCGAAUACUCGAGGCACUGCUGCUGUCCCGGGAGACGUGUCCCCAUGGCACAUUCCUCCUCCCUAUGGUAGGGAAUUCUCCUUUGCACCUGCUCACCUCGUACCACCGCCAUCAGCAGCAGCAGCAGCAGCAGCAGCAGCAGCAGCAGGAGCAGCAGGAGCAGAAGCAGCUGCGGGAGCAGAAGGCAUAAGGCCAGGCAAGGCCCAUGGCAUGGGUAGUGUGGUGGGUGAUCCUAGUCCCACUGGUGGCAGCUUUUUAUGUCUUAUAGCAGCAAAGAGCGGCGUUUCUAGCUCCCAUGGGAGCAGCGUGGGUAGUCAUGACCCCAGGAUUGCCCCACCGCCUCAUUUGAAUGUGAGCAACACCCUGGGCCACCACCUGAGGGCUGUUACCCGCCCUCUGUUGCCCUCACCUGACGGCGCCAGGGUGUCACCUGAAGGAACACAUGAGAUGCAAGGGGGGGAGAAAGGCUGGGGGAGUGUAGCGGGGGCAGGGAUGGAGAGGGAGAAGGAGAGGGAUGCGAGGGAGAGUGGUAAGGCUGUGUCUCCUGCCUGUGGGGCUGGUUACAGGCGCACCGAUGGGGGGAGGAAUCACGCCCAAGCUCACACCCCUGCUGCUGCUGCUACUGCUGCUGCUGCUGCUGCUACUGCAGCAGCUGCUGCGUUUACUCCUUUCCUGGUUAGUGCUCACUAUUCUAUCAACUCUCCAAAUACCACCGCCCCCCGCUCCCCGCGUUCCACCACGACUGCUUCACAUGCUUUUGGCACUGCUCCUGCUCCUGCUCCUGCUACUGCUUCUGCUGCUGCUGCUGCUGCUGCGACAGCCACUUUCAAUGCUCCAGCACGCCCCAGGAGUACCUCGCCAUAUGGCACAGCGGGGAACACUGAUGACUUUGUUCCCACUGGUGCCUUUGCUGCUGUCGCUGCUGCCGCCGCUGCUGCCACUCCUGGUGGUGCUGGUGCUGGCGCUGGUGCUGGUGCUACUGGUGCCACUGGGGCCUUUGCUGCAGUUGGCAGGCAUCGAAGCCCAUCUGCCGCUGACUCGCUUUCUCUGGAGCUCGAAGAAGAGCUACGACGUGCAGAAGAGAUGGAGAUGGACUCGCAGCACCCCCGCUCUCCCAUGCGUGUAAACGAGCACCACAUGUCACAGCAGCAGCAGCAGCAGCAGCAGCAGCAGCAGCAGCAGCAGCAGCAGCAGCAGCAGCAGCAGCAGCAGCAGCAGCAGCAGCAGCAGCAGCAGCAGCAGCAGCAGCAGCAGCAGCAGCAGCAGCAGCAGCAGCAGCAGCGGCAGCAGCAGCAGCCAGUGUCUCAGCAACCAAGAGCCCCCAUGCGAACCCAGCCCCGCAUACCCAACCUUUCCGCCCACGUCUCUCCCAUCUCCUCCUCCUCGCCCUCCACCUCCCCCACUGCCACCUCUUCUCGAGGCCAUUCGGAUGUAUCAAGUGGGAGCAGAUCCAACCAGCACAGGAUCGCUGCUUCAGCACCCAAAGCUCGCCCCAGGAGCUCAUAUUUCCCUAGUGAGUCUGGGAAAGGCACGCGAGCUUCGAACGAAUGGAGGGAUGAGUGGGAGGGGAGGGCGCGGGCUGGUGCGGGGAGUGACGGCGGGUCGCGUCCUGAGGAGGGACGGUUGUUUCAUGCGCUAGGGCACAGGGUACGUGCUCUGUUCCGGAAUGAGAGGAAGGGAGAUGUUGCAACGGCACCUGGGAGAUAUGCGGUGGCAGCAGCAGCUGCAGCAGGGACAGGACCAGCUGCAGCAGCAGCAGCAGGAGCAACACCAAUAGCACCAGCAGCAGCAGCAACGAGGGAGGAGGAGGCAGCACAGGCAGCAGCGGUGGCGCUGGCUAGCGUGCAGCGGAUGACAGGAGGGCUGAAGAAGCUGGAUGGGAAGAUUCGCAACGGCAGGGUUGCAGGGAAGGAGUGA